CGCCUGUCUGCCCAAGCCACCAUUUUCCUUUUCCGGCCUACGGAAGAAACAGCCCUUUCCUGCCAAAUAAGCUGGGCUGAAGCGAGGCUGAGCACCUCUUCUGCUUUUAGGAGAAACUUUGCAUCAGCACUGGGAAACAAUCGUGAACAUGUGGUGCAAAUUCAUCAAGCUCCUGCUCCUUCUGGGCAUCUCAGGUUUGAGCUGCGGUGCAGUCCAGCGACCAGACUACGAUGACACGGCCACUCCGGAAUUCCUCAACCCGUCCUGGAUGGCAAGCAUCCCAGACGAGCGACCCCUGUCCGAGCUCACCAUGCCUGGCACCCAUAACACCAUGGCGCUUUACGGCGGCGUCUACGCCGAGUGCCAGACGUGGAGCCUGGGUUCGCAGUUGCGUGCCGGCAUCCGCUUCCUGGACGUGCGGGUGCGCCACGUGAAGGGCAACCUCACCAUCCACCACGGGGUGGUGUACCAGCACACCCACUUCGGCCAUGUGUUGGAGGGGGUGCAAGACUUCCUGGCCAGUUACCCGAGCGAGACGGUCCUGAUGCGCGUCAAGGAGGAGCUGAGCGAAACCGAUAACAUCUACGGGGCAGUGGUGGAGCACGUACGGCGCUACGCCCGAUGGGAGAUGCUGUGGCAUAGCCGUCUGGUGCCCACCAUGGGCCAGGCGCGAGGUAAGCUCAUCAUCCUGCAGGACUUCCUUGGGCCGGACUUAGGGAUGCGCUACGACUCCUUGGACAUCGCUGAUGACUGGAAGGUUCCCACACUCCUGCACGUGGAGGAGAAGUGGCAGAGUGUCUACGAACACUUGGAGAUGGCGUCCGCGGGGAACAAGGACCAGAUCUUCCUCACCUACAGCAGCGGCGCUGGCAUCUUUGCCGUUCCGAGGGCUGUGGCACAACGUGUCAAUCCUCAGCUGUAUGACUACUUGAGGUCCAAGACCAACCUGAACCAGCGCUUUGGAAUCAUAUGCAUGGACUUCCCCGCUGCUCCAAUGGUUCAAAACAUCAUUGACUUCCAGCUCAAGGCGGAAGUCAAUUAUUUUAACUUUCAUGAAAGUUAAAAUGAAAUAUAAUACCGCUGAACAGUGAAACAAUAAGUGAAUGUGAAUCAAAGGAAAUUUAAAUUUAAAAACCAUCUCAAAAUACAGUAACGAUACUGCGGGAACCAACUGUAAUGGCAUUUUGAGAACACAAGGUGUCACCCUCAAGCUUGUUUUCCAGAAGCUUAUCAAGAGUAGCGCUGCAAUUUGAAGCAGAUAAGACAAUCGUGAUAAAAAAAAUUCUGAAGUCAGCCUUUUGUGGGGUUUUUUUCCC